GUAACAUUUCGCAAUCAUAGAUAUUGAAUGUCGCUAUUCGUAGGAAAUGUUUCGUCGAGUGUUUCUAAACGGGAACUACAGGACUUGUUUGAAAAAUAUGGAAAGUGUCGGAUAGACUUGAAAAGAGGGUUUAUGUUUGUAGACUACGACGAAGAAGCUGAAGCAAAGGAUGCGUUGGAGUCUUUACAAGGAAAGGUAAGGGAGUGGGUUUCCUUAUUGUAUACCUCUGUGUCUCUUUCUGGUAGCCUUUUCUAUCGACAAAGGUGGACGAGGGAUGGGAAAGGAAUACCUCGUUAUCAAGUAGGAGGCUUAAAAAUCAAUGUUGAGUGGUCGAGAAGAUAUAAGUAUGGAGGUAGAGGAGGAUUGAGAGGCAGAGGGGGAUUUCGAGGAAGACCACCGAGACGUCGAUAUUAUAGAAGCCGUAGUCGUUCGAGUUCGAGGGAUAGAAGAUAUCGAAGAAGGUAUAGUUAUUCUUCUGGUUCUAGUGUCUCAUCUCCUCGGAGACGACAUCACCGCCGACACUCAUAUUCUCCUUCUUCUUCUAUGUCUCGUUCGGAUUCAUAUUAUUCUGGCGAUUCUAGAGACUACUCUUCGGAUUCAAGAUCAUAUCAUAGUACGAGUCGUUCGCCUGCUUCAUCCCGUUCUUCUCGCAGGAGAAAGCGCAGUUAUUCACCAAGUCGUUCUAGAAGUUAUUCUGAUGCUUCCCGCUCACCACCUCGUCAUCGAAGGAGAAGAAGAAGGAGUCCGAGUUAUUCCCGUUCGCGCUCGAGAUCACGUUCCUAUUCUCGUUCCGUUUCAUAUUCUCGUUCACCCUCAUAUUCCAGGUCACCUUCUCAUUCACGUUCAAGAUCUCCUUCUAGGUCAGCAUCACAUUCUUCGCGGAGCUAUAGUCGUUCUCCUGUAGAAAGAAAGAGGGUCAAAGAGGAAAGCAAUUCUCCCAGACCACAAGAUGUGGAAGAAAUGCGUUCGACGAAGGAUAUUAGUGAGCAGGAGUUGCACGAGUCGAAAUCAAUAGGAGAACAUGAAGAAUCAUCUCCAACACAAGACAAGUUGGAAGAAGGUAAUCAUGAUGCAUCGAUUGAAAAUGAACAAGCAACAGAAACCAAUGAAGAGGAAUCGCCUUCUGCUCAAGACCAUAACACAACAUCAGCUAGCCAAAGUAACGAGGAUGAUUUGUAUAAAAUGACGGUGAAAGAGUUGAAAGCAGAGUUGAAGAAGCAUGGAAUAGAUGACCCUAAGUUGAAGUUGAAAAAGGACUUGGUGGAACGUUUAUCACAAGAGAUGGAAAACAAUUGAGUUGAAUAUUUCUUAUGUCUAGUAAAAGAGAGAUGACGACUAGAGUGGUGGUGGUUGGUUUGUUGUUUUUUUUGUUUUCUUUUUAUAUAAAGAAAAACUCGUUUCAAAGAUUGGAAAGAACAAUGAAGAAUAAUGAUACGAC